UUCUUCUUGUAUCAUCAGCUGUCAUGGCCGCAGCAGGCCCAGAGUCUGCUGCCGUCACCCUCCUCUUCCUCAACCUCAUAAUGUACGUCAUCGUCGCCAUCAUCGCCGGCUGGGCUCUCAACUACGGCGUCGACGAGACGCCUCACGCAUUGUCCGGGCUGACUCCGCCGGCUCAGCUGUUCCCGAUAUAUUUUCCGAUCGGCAACCUCUCCACUGGAUUCUUCGUGAUAUUCUCGCUCAUCGCCGGGGUCGUCGGCACCGCAACUUCGCUCACCGGCUUACUCGACGUCUCACGGUCGAAACCGGCAAGCUUGCUGUCCGCCGCAGCUUUCUCAGUCAUUACUUGGGCCCUCACCCUUCUGGCAAUGGGGUUGGCAUGUAAAGAGAUAAGCAUCAGCUGGCGUCCCGCGAGCCUCAGGACGCUGGAGACUCUGACGAUCAUAUUAUCUGGAACCCAGCUGCUGUGCGCGGGAGCUAUUCAUGCAGGAGCUUCCGCUGCUUCAUUCGAUGGCCCCAUCAUCGGAAGAGUCUAAAUCUCGUCAAAAUCCGCCUUGUGAAAUCCAAUGUCUCCAAGAUUGCUUCAGUUGUUUACAUUCUUCUAAACGUUGAACAUAUAUAUAAAUAUGCUGUGUGAACUUCUAAUUAAGUUGUAACAAGUUUUCUGUAAUUAAUUGAUUGUAAAUUGAAAUAAUAAAUCUUUGCGAGUUUUA